AUGUACCAUGACCUCAAGAGGUACUAUCAUUGGGUCGGGAUGAAGAGAGAUGUAGCAGAUUGGGUUGCGAAGUGCAACACUUGUGCCUUGGUGAAGGCAGAGCAUCAGGUUCCGGGUGGUCUUUUGCAGAGUUUACCCAUUCCCGAGUGGAAGUGGGACAGGAUUACGAUGGAUUUCGUGGUUGGACUACCUGUUUCAAGGACUUUCGAUGCUAUCUGGGUGAUUGUGGAUCGGUUGACUAAGUCCGCACAUUUCUUGGCCAUCAAGAAGACAGAUGGAGCUGCUGUCUUGGCUAGGAAGUUUGUGCGAGAGAUUGUGAGGCUGCAUGGAGUGCCAGCUAGUAUUGUGUCAGACCGUGAUCCCAGAUUCACUUCAGAGUUUUGGAGGGCGUUUCAGGCAGAGAUGGGCACUAAGGUGCAUCUGAGUACAGCUUAUCAUCCGCAGACAGAUGAUCACCUGAGCUUAGUUGAGUUUGCAUACAACAACAGCUUUCAGGCGAGUAUUGGCAUGGCUCCAUUCGAGGCUUUGUAUGGGAGGCCAUGUAGGACACCCCUAUGCUGGACCCAAGUGGGGGAGCGCAGCAUGUAUGGAGCUACUUAUGUUCAGGAGACGACAGAGAAGGUUCGUGUUGUGAGGCUGAACAUGAAGGAGGCUCAGGAUAGGCAGAAGAGUUAUGCAGAUAGACGCAGACGAGAGCUUGAGUUUCAGGUUGGAGAUAGAGUUUAUCUCAAGAUGGCUAUGUUGAGGGGUCCUAACAGAUCCAUAGCAGAGAACAAGCUGAGUCCGCGAUUUAUGGGUCCGUUUCCAGUAGUGGAGCGAGUUGGGCCAUUAGCUUACAGGCUGGAGUUGCCUGAGAUUAUGAAAGCCUUUCACAAGGUUUUUCAUGUGUCGAUGCUGAGGAAGUGUCUUCACCCUACAGAGGAGUUAGUGGCUAGGAUUCCAGAGGAUCUUCAGCCAGAUUUGACAGUGCCGGCAGUGCCUUGGUUCUACAGAGGAGACUUGGGAGCCAGAGGCAAAGAUGAAGUUGAAGUUCAGGAAGUGGUUCGACAAGCAGGAGUAAAAUUCUUGGAACGUGUUUAUGACAUAAGAUAUGACGUUUGUCUCGGGGAUCAGGUGAGGAUCUCCGGUGUUGCGGCCUUGCGAGGUUGGGUUUUGUGGUCUUUGUGA